AUGUUCCUUCAACGCACAGCCUUCGCCGCCGCCCGGCGCACCCCCGCCAGAGCCUUUGCUGCUCGCCCUUUCUCCUCCUCCAUCAUUCGCUGCAACGCCCCCAAGCCCGGCGCUGAGAAGGAGGGGAAGAUCUUGCCUUUCGAGGAGAUCAAGACCGAAGAUGAUCUUCUGCCCCCCGGUGCCAAGCCCGGUACCAUUCCUACCGAUAUCAGCCAGGCCACCGGUCUCGAGCGUCUCGAGCUCAUCGGCAAGAUGCAGGGCAUUGACAUCUUCGACAUGAGGCCCCUGGAUGCCUCGCGGAAGGGAACACUCGACAACCCCAUCAUUGUCAAGGGUGCUGGUGACGAGCAGUACGCCGGUUGCACCGGUUACCCCGUCGACUCCCACCAGGUCAUCUGGCUGACCGUUUCGCGUGACCGCCCGAUCGAGCGCUGCGGCGAGUGCGGCAACGUUGUCAAGCUGGACUACGUUGGUCCCCUGGAGGAGGAGCACCACCACGACGACCACGGCCACGGCCACGGCCAUCCCCCUCACGUCGAGCCCAAGACCUUUGCCGACUACGUCAAGCCCGAGUACUGGUACCGGUAA